AAAGCAAAAAAAAAAAAAAAAACACACCAACAUGGAUCAUCAAUGGAGGAUGCAACCACCCCUUGUCAACUUCAAUUAACAAAAUUCCAGUGAAGUGGACGCGAAGGAACUAACCCUUCAUAAUUUCAUAAGCUUAAGUUAAUCAUAUCAAACUCCAUUACUAACGACCCUUUCUUUAUUUUUCACUUUCAUCUCUCUUCUUCUUCUCCUUGUAACUUGUAUUAAAAGGACAUCUUUGUCACCACCUGAGCCUAAGGAAUCCAUUCAGUUCCCAUUCACCUGGAGUGGACACCAGCUUUCGACAGUGCUAGCCAUGGAGAGGGAGGAAGGCGGCGUCAUUGUCAUCGGACGGGCGGAGAUUGACACGAGGGCGCCGUUUCGGUCUGUUAAGGAGGCAGUCAUGUUGUUCGGAGAAAAAGUUCUGGUUGGAGAAAUUUAUGCUAGCAAGCUCAAAGAGAUGAAGGCUCAGGCAGGAGAAAGUGGGCAGGGUCAAUCCAAGGUUGCAGCCCUUACAGCCGAGCUAGAGGAAACAAAGCAAAGCCUGCAGAAGGCCAGAGAGGAAGGAAACUUGAUGUCAUACCGCAUAAAGACAUUGAGAGAAGAGCUCGAACUAACAAAAAAGGAGCUGCAACUGCUCAAGGCAAGAGAGUUUGAUCAGAAGCAGCGGUUUGAUCCUGAUAUGGAAGACUUCAAGUUCAUGGAAACCGCAACCAAGAUAGGCAUCAUGACACAGGAUGAAGAGCCAGAGGAGUUCCAAAAGAAGAGAUAUGUGAAAUUUGCUAGCCCUCCUUCACUAGCUCAAGUUAUUGUCAACAGAGAGGAAAAGCUGGAAAGACCAGCCACGGUUAAGAAAGUUAGAAGGAAGUCAUUAAUCUCAGUGGUAGGAUGGCUCUUUUACAAGAAGAAGGGAAGUCAAGAAGAUGAUCAGUCCCUUAAAGCAAAUGAGUAUCUGUUUGUACUGAUCCAUGACAGAGAAUUUUGCAGAAUAGAAGAACAUUUCACGUCUUAUUCAAAUGAGGUAAAACAAAUGAUUCUUGAUGGUCGGCCUUCAUUACCAAAGGCAAACAACCAGGGAAUGGAGAAAAAAACCAGGGGCAACCCUAAGAAAAUGAAGAGCAGUACUCUAUGCAUGCCAAGGUUCAAAGGCAGCAACAAGAACAAACGAUUAUCACCAAUGACCCUGCUUGAACGCAUCCGGGAAGCAGUUUUUCGUCUGAUCAUGCUAUCAGCUCUUACCAAGACCUCGCAUCAUCACACCGGCUCAUCGACAGCCCCAAGAAAAUACUACCCAGCGGAUGCUCACCAUAGCGAAGCCGUGGCAGAUUGCAUCGAGUUCAUCAAGAAAAAGGCGUCCAGGUUGGAGAAUCGGGACUCCAGUGCUAGUAGUUCGAACAUGGAUGCUACUGGUGAAGUGGUCAUGCCUGUACCAAGCCAGAAAUCAAAGUCCCACCUCAAGAAAUCAUUAGAUUUUGUUAGAUCCCUUGUCCCAGAAGAAGCCCCCCCAGAUGUUGGAAUCUCUUUUUCUUCCCUCUGUGCCAGGACCCAUACUGUGGCUUUCACGACCCACCGCCACAGGUCGAGGGCUUUCUCCAUUUCCUCCGCCCAAAAAAUCGGAAAAACUUCAGUCACUCAAGCCGAUAAAAAUGGGCCGCAACCCGAGAGAGAAGAGAAAGUAUCCUUGGACCUCACCGAAGAAAUCCUUCAAAGCAUGGAAAUCGGCAUGGUUUUCAAAGAUUAUAGCGGUAGAAUCAGUUCGAUGGAUUUCCACAGAACAUCGAAUUAUUUAGUAACUGCUAGUGAAGAUGAAUCCAUCCGCCUUUAUGAUGUUUCCAGUGCUACAUGUUUGAAAACAAUAAAUAGCAAAAAGUAUGGGGUUGAUCUAGUUUGCUUUACUUCGCAUCCAACAACAGUUAUUUACUCUUCAAAGAAUGGUUGGGAUGAAUCGUUACGACAUCUCUCCUUGCAUGAUAACAAGUACUUGCGGUAUUUUAAAGGACACCAUGACAGAGUUGUUUCACUUAGCCUAUGCUCACGCAAUGAAUGCUUCAUCUCUGGUUCUCUUGAUCGAACUGUUCUGCUUUGGGAUCAACGAGCAGAGAAAUGUCAGGGUCUUUUACGUGUGCAAGGAAGGCCUGCCAUAGCUUAUGAUGAUCAAGGACUAGUCUUUGCUGUUGCCUUUGGAGGAUACAUCAGAAUGUUUGAUGCUCGCAAGUUUGAAAAGGGUCCUUUUGAAAUCUUUUCUGUUGGGGGAGAUGUAUCUGAUGCUAAUGUUGUAAAGUUCAGCAAUGAUGGACGACUCAUGCUUUUGACGACUAUGAAUGGACAUAUUCAUGUGCUUGAUUCAUUUCGUGGCACACUUUUAUCCACAUACAAUGUCAAGCCAGUUUCUAGCAAUUCCACGUUAGAGGCAUCUUUCAGCCCUGAGGGAAUGUUUGUUAUAUCAGGUUCAGGUGAUGGUCGUGCGUAUGCUUGGAGUGUAAGGAGCGGGAAAGAAGUUGCAAGUUGGAUGAUGAAUAGUGAACCUUCUGUAUUAAAUUGGAGUUGGAUGAGCACUGAUACUGAGCCUCCUGUUAUUAAGUGGGCUCCUGGGAGUCUUAUGUUUGUAACUGGGUCUACUGAGCUAUCAUUUUGGAUUCCAGAUCUGUCUAAAUUGGCAGCAUAUGUAGGAAGGAAGUAGGGCUGUGGUUGCCCCAGGAUUAUAAGUUCAAGCAGUAUUUUUAAGGUUCAUCCUUUUUACUGGUAGAAAAGUUGGUGCAAAUGUUCCUCUGUUGCUUCAGCCCCAUACAUGUGUUAAAUCUUGUAACGGGCAUGGACAUUCCCUUAACUGACGCAAUAACAAGGUAACUAUGCUCUGUUUAUAUAAGUGUCUUACUAGUCCAUGAAACUAUUUGUUGAGAGGUUGUAGAUGCUCCAGUGCUAACUUUCCUCCGUUGGAAAAAUCUAAGAAUGAGAACAGCUUGUAAUUUAGGUAUAAAAACUUUCUUUGUUUCUUACUUUAUAGCCUUCUGGUUGUGAAUUGUACUAUAAAGUAAGACCAUGUAGAGCAGUCGAGGUGUAUUUUUUGUA